AUGACGAUUCUUAGUGACGAUGUUGACGAAUCCACCAUUGACAAUGCCAAGAAUAAGCAAACGGAGGAUGAUGAUCAGGUCCCACCGCAAUCCUCAUCACAGCUGUUGAUUCACAAUCCCAUCUUAAUGGCUGAGAUUCUGUCUCUUGUCUUGACAAAUACAAAAGAAUUUGCUAGGCUCCGCCAAGUCUGUAAAUUAUGGAAGAACGAGAUAUUGCCUUAUUUUCUGGAGCAUCAUUCGCAUCAUUAUCUUCCCACAAUAAUAACAAUAACAGAUGAUUAUGGAAUAAGACAAACUCCAUCAGCACUCUUUCUGAGAGUAUGUUAUGAUUAUGGCCAUGAUUCAGAUACCACGGGUGAAGUCUUGUCCAAUAAUGAUACUGAAUUCAUUGCACCGACCCAUCGACUCUUUCUUGCUGCUCAACGAUACCAUAAUUCUCCCAAGAAGUUCCUACCCGCUUUGGUACAUUUGGCCAAUCAAUAUCGGUUCGCAGGGAAGCGAUACGGGGGUCUGGACGUUUGGCAAGAUCUUAUUCUCUGGGACCAUCAUACAUCAUCAUCAUCAUCAUCAUCACGGCAACAUACCUUGGACUUUUGGGAAUCCGUCAGUAUCAAGAAUACGCACCAUGGUGGCGAGAAACGAGGACGAGGAGAGGAUGGAAGAGAAGACAUAUCAGUACAGUCUCUGCUGAUUGUGUGUGAUGCAAUCCCAUCGACCUACUGCAUUUUUCCUUCUCAAAGAGUCACAUUUGGCGACGACGACGACGAUGACCAAAACCACAAUGAUUUUGCAUCUCUUUGUCAGGCUUUGGUGCAAACGGAUUCAUGGCCUCAAUUUUGCUCUCUAGGAGAAGAAGCCUUGAAUGAAGGCAUGUUCUUGUCCAUGGAAGACUACAAUGACACCAUGACCAAAGCAUCAGCUGUAAGCGAAGACGAAUCAUGCUUUGCCUUUGAAAGCCGCAUUGUACCAGUCAUCUUUACGGUUCGCUUUCGAUUAUUGGAUCAGGAAGAAGAAGCACCAUCAUCAGAUAGCGAACAUGCCAGUGACAGUCAAGACAGCGCACCAAAUCCAAAAGAGGUUUGUUUCAAAGUCCGUAUACCCAAACCACCCUUGGACGAUGAUAGCGAUAAUGAUGAUAAUGAGAGCGAAGGUUCCUGUCGGAAUCAUGAGGUUGACAAUACUACUGACACGGCGGAUCAGAACGCCAGUGUCGGUGGUGAUGCACUGACACCAACACUGAACCAGUCCAUUGUACCAUUUGUCAAAUACUUAUCAUUGAGCGACGGCAAUGGAAAUGAUAACCGCGAUGAUCAAAGGUACGCUUACGCGACAUUUAAGGGAUACAAUGUGCAACCAAUAAUACUGGAUCAGUUUCGUGAUCAUGGCGACAUUCAUCAUGGCGACAAAGAAGCAGAGGCUAAUGAACCAAAAACUCUACCCCAACAUUACUAUACUUGUCAUGUUCCAAUGAGCUUUGCUUGGUGGGAAUUGAUGCAGCUACUGGUCCCAGAAGAAAGUGAUAACAAUGAUCGUCAAGAUGCCGCAGAGAAUAACAACUCUGGACUCGAAGAUCAAGGUGCCGACUCCUUUUUGCCACUGGAAUGGUUGUGGCGAACCUGUCAAGAAAAAAGUGUCCAAGAAGGAGUGGGGAUAAUGGAUGGAAUACUAUUAUUUGCUGGCAGCAAUAGUGAUCGUCAUACGCAAUUGGUGCAGCAACUGGAUGCCCUUGCUGGCAAUGUUGCUUCUGCCACUACAGCAAACAGACCCUCAAUCGUACACAAUCUGUCGUUUCGACAGUGGCAAGAACGACGCCCACAGGAACAACAGCCUAGUACCCAUCGUAUGGCCGGGCGAAUCGCCUUGGUGGACCCCGACCUCUAUUCCUACAGCGAGCUUCAUUCGACAUUGGAACUUUCCGUUUGGGAUGUUCCUCCAUGUUCCUUUCCCUAUUCUCAUCACCUCGACCCACCCAUCCUACAAACUGUGGACUAUUGGGGUCGUUCCUACAAUGGUUCACUUGAAUAUCAAUGGCUGCCAACUUAUUUCGAUGUUGACCCAGAUGGCAAAAGCACAACCAUUCGAGACUAUAUCAACAAUCUCGUUCCCCGUUCCGAAUAUGCCGCACUCUAUGACUCCUUGGCCCAUUUAUUUUCACUUGCUGUGCCGCUGUUGGAAUCGGUAUACAGUUAUUGCCGGGUAGUAAAGCGAAGUCAUGUCCGAAUGGUGGAAUCGAAUCAGCAAACGUGGCAUCCAUCGCCACCAUCUCCUUUGAAGGUAGAACCCACACUUCUGCGAGGACAAUCGCUGCAAGUAAUCACCGAAAUUGAGGAAUAUGACUUGAACGCAACACACAAGAACACGGCAACGGGUAUGCAGGAAAGUUGGCACGUGAAGGGUAUGCCUCAUGAGGAAAUUGUUGCCACAGUCAUGUACGUUUUACCAACGGACGAACAUCAUCACGGCAGUAUGGGAACCAUCCAGUUUCGAAGGGCCUUUUUCAAUGACGAGGCAAACUACCUGUUUUCUACCAUCGAUCGGGAUCGAUCAUCUGAAGUGGAGGCAGAUAUCCACGCAGGUCUAUUGCCAUUGGGACAAUCCGAUAUUCUUCCAGGUCGCCUGUUGGUAUUCCCGAAUUGCCAUGUCUCGAAAAUGAAUGUUUUCAAGCAAGCAACAGCUGACUGUCCCACGAAUAAACUCCGCUUGAUUGUUUUCUAUCUGGUGAAUCCAGAAAAAAGAAUAAUUUCCACUCGCGAAGUGCGGACGCAGCAAGGAUUCGUCCCCGCUGGAACCAUUUCACCAGAACAAGCUCGGGUUCACAGAACCGAACUUCAGAGAGAACGUGAACGUACAAUUCCUGAUUGGAAUGUCCGGCAGAUUCAGCUUUUGUAG